AAUGUCAAAAAUGUGACACAACUUAAAAUUAAAAUUUUUAGUGAUAUUCAUUUUUAAAACAAAUUUCCAGGAUGUAUCAAGUUGGAUCUAAAUUGUUUAAUUUUGUGAACGGCAACAUUCGAAAAUGCCUAUACCCUUUAACACUAAGCUCUGUUUUAAACUACAGCUCCAUGAAAGUGACAAUCGUUGGCGCAGCGGGAAAAGUGGGACAAUCAUUGUGCCUAAUGCUGAAACAAUCGCCCCUGAUAGACGAACUCUGUAUUCACGAUGUGAAAUCAGUCCCUGCGCUAGCUCUUGAACUCAACCAUAUCGACACCAGAUGCAGGGUAUGUUCUUUUAGUGGAAAAGAUAGUUUAGCACAGGCCUUGAGAGAUUCCACGAUAGUCGUUAUCUUCGCUUCCGCCCCGGAUGCAGCAGACUUUUUAACUGAAGAGAAAAUACGGGAAUCGAAUUUCUCAAUAGUAAAGGAAAUCGUAACGGAACACGCAAAAAAUUGUCCGAAGGCACUGUUAGCUUUAGGGACUACGCCUAUUAACAGUGUUGUUCCAAUGGCAUGCGAGAUUCUCAAGAAACACGGUUGCUAUAAUGCCAAAGGCGUAUUCGGAAUUACAUCGUUAGAUACUGUGCGGGCCAGCACGUUUGUCGCCCAAGUCCAAGGGCUCGAACCCGAAUGCGUAACAGUACCCGUGAUCGGAGGAUGCACUUCUGAGACCGUGAUUCCUGUAUUAUCUAAAGCUAAACCUUGUUCGGAAUUUACUAAUGAAGAAAUUGAAAAUAUUACAGCCAGCAUCAGAAACGCGAGGCAGAAUAUUACAAAAUUUAAGCCAUCACAAGGUUCCCCGAUGGCCGCUGCCUUUGCUGCCGCUAGAUUUAUAAUUUCGUUGGUUAAGGGAAUACAAGGUUACGCAGAUAUCAUCGAAACGGCGUUCGUUCCUUCCAGUGUACAUCCGUACGUGAAAUAUUUAGCCACCCCCUUACUUCUCGGUUCGAAUGGCGUAAUGAAAAACUUGGGAAUACCAAGCCUGACCGAUUUUGAGCAGUGUAUGUUCGACAAUGCUAUUCCGUUAUUGACAUCCGACAUAAGGCGAGGUGAAGAGUGUGUAGGAAUACACGAUCCUCCACCUCCAUGCGAUCCGUGCGCACCUCCAAAGAUUACGCCUUGUCCCCACGACUGGUGUGCUCAGAAAAACGCCUAACGAUUUUUAAAAACUUUCUCGAUUUGGUUAGUAAACGUUAAUAUUUAUUAUUUUGCAAAAUUAUUUAUCGCGGAA